AUGUGCUUCUGGAGACUCUUGUGGCCCUGGGGUUCUUUUUUGACUCUUCGUGGGGACCCCACGGGCCUCACCGAGUUGUGUGGGAGCUCCGUAUGGAGCAGACUUCUUCCCAGGUUCACCGGUCCUGGCCCACUUUACGUAUCCACGACCACGGUCAAAUUGAAGAAAUUACGCGAGACAAAGCUUUCAUCUCUUGCUGAUGCCUAA